GGGCGGCGGGCGGGCGGCCGGGCGCCGGCGCAGGGCCCUCGCUCGCUCGGCGGGAGGUCCGGCUCUGACGUCGGUCUCGCAGCGGCGAGCGCGCGCCCCGGGCGGCGGCGACCUGGAGACCCCCGAGCGAUGGAAGCGGCGGCGCCGACGGCGGCCGAGGCGGCGGGGCACGAGGAGCUCGAUAUGGAUGUAAUGAGGCCCUUAAUAAAUGAGCAGAAUUUCGAUGGGACAUCAGAUGAAGAACAUGAGCAAGAGCUCCUACCUGUUCAGAAGCAUUACCAGCUUGAUGAUCAAGAGGGCAUUUCAUUUUUACAAACUCUUAUGCAUCUUCUUAAAGGAAAUAUUGGAACUGGCCUUUUAGGACUUCCAUUGGCCAUAAAAAAUGCAGGCAUCGUGCUUGGACCAAUCAGCCUUGUGUUUAUAGGAAUUAUUUCUGUUCACUGUAUGCACAUUUUGGUACGUUGCAGUCACUUUCUCUGUCAGAGGUUUAAAAAGUCAACAUUAGGCUAUAGUGACACUGUGAGCUAUGCUAUGGAAAUAAGUCCUUGGAGUUGUCUUCAGAAGCAAGCAGCAUGGGGACGGAGUGUGGUUGACUUUUUUCUGGUGAUAACACAGCUGGGAUUCUGUAGUGUUUAUAUUGUCUUCUUAGCUGAAAAUGUGAAACAAAUUCAUGAAGGAUUCCUGGAGAGUAAAGCGCUUGUUUUUAAUAGCACCAAUUCAUCAAAUCCAUGUGAGAGAAGAAGUAUUGACCUAAGGAUAUAUAUGCUUUGCUUUCUUCCAUUUUUAAUUCUCUUGGUCUUCAUUCGUGAGCUGAAGAAUCUGUUCAUGCUCUCAUUCCUUGCCAACAUUUCCAUGGCUGUCAGUCUUGUGAUAAUUUAUCAAUACGUUGUUAGGAAUAUGCCAGAUCCCCACAACCUUCCAAUAGUGGCUGGUUGGAAAAAAUACCCACUUUUUUUUGGUACUGCUAUAUUUGCUUUUGAAGGCAUAGGAGUGGUUCUACCACUUGAAAAUCAAAUGAGAGAAUCAAAACGCUUCCCCCAAGCAUUGAACAUUGGCAUGCUAAUUGUUACAACUUUGUAUGUAACAUUAGCUACCUUAGGAUAUAUGUGUUUUCAGGAUGAAAUCAAAGGCAGCAUAACUUUGAAUCUUCCUCAAGACGUAUGGUUGUAUCAGUCAGUGAAAAUUCUGUAUUCCUUUGGCAUCUUUGUGACAUAUUCCAUUCAGUUCUACGUUCCAGCAGAGAUUAUUAUCCCUGUGAUCACAUCCAAAUUUCAGGCUAAGUGGAAGCAAAUCUGUGAAUUUGUGAUAAGAUCCAUCUUGGUUAGUAUUACUUGUGCGGGAGCAGUUCUGAUUCCUCGUUUAGACAUUGUGAUUUCCUUCGUUGGAGCUGUGAGCAGCAGCACAUUGGCCCUGAUCCUCCCACCUUUGGUUGAAAUUCUUACAUUUUCUAAGGAACACUACAAUAUAUGGAUGAUUCUGAAAAAUAUUUCUAUAGCAUUUACUGGAUUUGUUGGUUUCUUGUUAGGUACCUAUGUAACUGUUGAAGAAAUUAUUUACCCUUCUCCCAAAGUUAUAUCUGGUAUGCCACAAAGUCCCUCUCUAAUGAAUUCAACAUGCUUCACAUCUGGUUUGAAAUAGCUGACAUGGAAUUGAGUCUUCUACUUUUGUCUCAGUUCUGAAAAUGAUUAAAAUAAGUACUAGAACACAUUGCCAUAUACUUAAAAAUAGAACCAAACUCUGUUUUCUUUGGCAGUAAAUUUCAAUUCUUUAUCAACAGUGGUAAACUAUUACAGAUUCUUGGUUUUAAAUAUUAGAAAUAAAAUUUAAAUGUUAAGUAAUUAAAAGACUUCUGUUAUUCUUCAUUCAGUCAGAAAUGCUUUAACCAAGAUCCUUUUAUCCUCAUGCUACUAUUUGCCAUGCAGUUGAAGAGAGAACAAGAUUCAACACUAAGAGAAUUAAAGUAUGUAAAACUCCAGACCAUCCCAGUGAAUGUCAAAGCAUACUCUGUGUAUAAUGUAAAAAUAUCUCGAUUAUUUUUUUUUUUUAUUACUAGAGAGCCAAAUACUUAUGAUUAGCCUCUGGAAGUUUAGAAAACUCUCACUAACCAUAAUGUUAGCACCAGAAAUCCAUAAAACCUGAAUUAUUCUUACAAUAUUCUGUCAUGGUAGUUGAUCUUCAUAAUGACAGCUGCAAGGCACCCUACAAGAUUCUGCCUUAGUGCUUCAAUUAAAUUUGAAAGAGACUUUAAAGGUUACCCAAUACAAUUCCCUUAUUUUUACCUGAGGAAAUUAAUGCCCAGAAUGGUUAAGUAACUUGGUCAAGAUCACUCAGCCCUGAGAUCAAGAUAACUUUCGAUUCCUAGUCCAGGAUUUUUUAUUUCUCACAUCACAUCUAUGAAAAAGAAUAAAUUAAGUUCAGUUCAGUUUAACUUUAGUGUUGAGUCUAUUUAAUUAUUUUUAAUACUCUGAAAGCCAGUGAUCUUUGAAUAGCACAUGUGACCUGAGUAGAAAAUCAGAACUCUAAAAAACCUGCACUUCAGCUAUAUAAACCUCAACAAGGAAAAGAAGCAAUUAAAAAAAAAAAAAAAUAGAAACCACUUGCUAGUUUAACUGCUGGCUGGUAGAAGGUGCCAAGCUCUUAUUAUUUCUCUUUGUGGUUUGAGCUCUUUUUCUUCCUUUCGAGGUUGUUUUAGGCACUAUCCAUUAUUCUGAAUGGCAGGAAAUAGAUAUCUGACAAAAGACAGGAUUUUUUUUCACUGUUUCCUGCCCUGUGGUUUUCCUUUUAUUGAUCAGAAUGGGCAGAAUAAACAAAAAGAUAUUCAUGCUUAGGAAAAUAAAGACAACAAUAAACUGUCUACUAAACAUUUCUGGUUCUUCAAGCCCAGUUAUUAGCCAAAACAAAGAAACUCAAUUGAUAUGGAGGAUUAAAAUUAAAUGUAAAACUAACUAAGAAUCCUGCUUUUUAAAAAUUUUAUAAUUUAAAAACAUGUUGAACUUUUUAAUCAGGCUGGUGGUACUCUAAUUUGUAACACUACAAGACAUCAAGAUCACUGUCGUAUACUAUAUAUUCUAUAUUUUUAUAUGUAAAUGUUAACUUAGUUCAAGUAUAUUUUGCUUAUAUCAUGAAUGAAUCAUCAAGUAAAAUCCUAAAGAAAUAUUAGUAGCUUUAUUUUGGUACAAAUUCAUAUGAAUCAAACUCUUUUUAAAAUAUUUGCAUUGAAUAAGACCAAUAAUUGUUUGUGAUACUUUUAUGUCAAUGUUAUGUUGAACAUUUAGUCAUACUGAGAAGAUAUGAAAGAAGUUAUAGGAAAUGUAAUUAUCAUGGAAACUAGUGUUAUAUAAUUUUGAAUCUAAGAAUAAAUCAGGCGUUCUAAAACAGUUUAAUGGCACAAACUGACUUGAAAACCAUUAUUUAAUAGAAAGCACUAUUAAGUACUAUUAAGUUUUUGUCAGCUGUUUUUAAUAUUUCUAGUCCGUGUGUGAAAUUUUAUUUUUAUACGUUCACCUGUUUUCCUUAUGAGGUGAAGUCAUCUAAUUCAAUGACAAUUUGAUUAGUUUAUUGUAGUAACAGAUAAAAUUUAAAUUCAAAUGAAUAAAUGUUGAGCACAUUAUUAACCAUGCUUUCUCAUGCAAUGAGUGCUUAACUAACAUCCUGUACUUAAUUCACUAAAUUAGCAAUACUUUUGGUACAAGGAAAAGUUGAAAUGCAGAAAAGAGGGGCUAAAAAGGGAGAAAGUAGUUUUAAUUCUUAAGAGGAAACAUGAUUUAGAUGUAAAUAAUAAAUGUAUUCUUAUUUAUGGAUUCUUCAAUUAUAUGUUUUAUUUGUAAAAAAUCAUUGGGCAAUAUUUUUCCUCUGAAAAUGUAGUUUUAAUGAGUCAUAACAUUUUCUAAAGAUUUUUAGAGAAGAUAUUUUUGUUAGACAAGCUUUUGCUUUCAUAUUAGGGCCUGGAAAAAUGAGUGUGAUUGCACCUGCCAAAUUUUUGUUUGGUAUCUUUGCUCCAUUACAUUAUGGCUAAAAUCACUUCAGCAUUUCAUGUGCCAUCACCAUAAAGUCUCCUCUUCUCUGAAAGCUGACCAGGUGCCUGAGAGCCUUUCCUAAUUGUGGUGAGGGGGGAAAAAAGCUUUUCUUACCUCUGAUAUCCUCUGUUUUAAGUUAUAAUUAAUCCUUUACAUUCAAAAGGGCUUCACCAGUUUUAAAAUUGACUUGUCAAAACACUGGUUCUCAGAUAUUCUUUAUCAGAGGAUUU